GAAAGAAAGAAAGAAGUCAGGAUCCCACGUGCACCUGGGAACUCGACCCCUCCUCUCUCCAGACUCUCUGCACUAACCCACUCUCUCUCCCCCCUUCAUUUCCUCCUCCAUUUUCUUUCUCAAUCAAUCUCUCUCUCUCUCUUCUCUCUCUCAAAAGAAGAGAAACAAAAAAAUAAAACUACUGAAAGCUGAUUUUUUCAUUUUAGAUGCCGUGAAUCUUUCUACCCACUUUUACAUACAGAAACAGAGAAAAAUCAGUCUCGAGAAUCAAAAAAAUCCAUACACAAAAAGAAAAACAGAGGAGCUAAAGAGAAGUAGAAGAAGAAAAAUAAGAUUUGGUCAUUCAAUGGUGGAGGCAAAAGAUCAAGACAUGGGUGAUGGGAUGCAAUGCAUAAACCAUCCCUUCACGAAGAACCCAGGUGGGAUCUGUGCUUUCUGUCUCCAAGAAAAACUCGGAAAGCUCGUCACUUCCUCUUUCCCACUCCCAAAACACCUCUCUUCCUCUUCUUCUUCCUCCUCUCCUUCCUUCAGAUCUGACUCUCUAGGCUCCACCACCGCCUCCGCCGCUAACCUCUCUGCCUCUCUCUCCCUCUCCGUCGCCGGAGCUAGAAACGUCACGAACAACCACAACAACAACAAGCUUCCUUUUUUGCUGGCGAAGAAGAAGAAGAAGAUGUUGACAGCUUCGACUUCCUCCUCAUCGACGGCGAAUAUCGUCUACAAGCGAAGCCAAUCGACGACGACGUCGGCGUACGGAGGUUCUGACUUCAGCCCGAGGAAACGGAGUGGGUUUUGGUCUUUUCUGCAUCUCCACUCUUACAAACACCAUAGCAGCAGCAAGAAAGUCGGAAACUUUCAUGAUUCUUCCAAGACAACAACGACGAGAACACAACCCACGAGCCAGACUGAAAACGUUUUGUCGAAAACAGAGAAGGGAGAUUUGACAACGGCGGGAUCUUCUUCGUCUUCUUCGACCUCUUCUUCUAUGUCAAAGAGAGCAACUGGAGGUGGGAGUAGUAACAGAAACGGCAUUGAUGUGAUUGUAGAGGAAGAUGGGAGCCCUAACGUUGUGGUUACGGCAACAACAGUCACACCAAGCGAGAGGAAAGUGUCGAGGUCCAGAUCUGUUGGGUGUGGAAGCAGAAGCUUCUCUGGAGAUUUCUUUGAGAGGAUCACUAAUGGUUUUGGAGAUUGUACCUUGAGAAGAGUGGAGUCACAGAGAGAAGGUCACAACAAAGGUAAAGUUAGUAACCCUAGUAGCAAUGGUGGUGGUGGUGUGAGGGAGAUGGUGAGAUGUGGUGGAAUCUUUGGUGGGUUUAUGAUAAUGACGUCAUCUUCAUCUUCCUCAUCAUCAUCAUCAUGGGUAUCAUCAUCAUCAGCUGAACAUCAUCAUCAUCAUCAUCAAAACAUGGCUCAUGGUGGAAGGAACAGAAGCUGGGGAUGGGCAUUUGCAAGUCCAAUGAGAGCUUUCACUUCUUCUUCUUCCUCUGGUAAAAGAGGCCGUACAAUUUCAGAUUCUACAAGCAAGAACACAACCCCAAACUUGGAUGCAAUUCCUUCAUUGCUGGCCGUCAGAAGUUGAAUUCAGAAAAGAAAAAAUCUUUAAUCUUGCGUUGCAAUAAGUGUUUUUUUAUAUCUUAAACAAGAGAAAUACGUUUAAACUA